AUGGCAUAUCUGGAAGGGGACAAGAGCGUGGAGGCUCUGAUUCUGGCCACGCAGGAGGCGGCCGUACAAAUUGCGCAGGAGGACAGAUCGCCUGCCCUGGGCAGGGCUAGCUACAACAUGCACCCGAGAGCCCUGGCUGAGACGGUGGUCUGGCUGGCCUCUCCUGGCGAGGCGUCGUUGCAAAGGCUCCUCAUAGCCCGAGACGACGCCAGUGAAAGCCCCUUCCAAGUGAACCCAUUCCAGGCCCCGGCCUUGUCGGACACGCUUCCGCCUAUGCCCCUUGAGGACUCGGAUCAUCUGGUGCGCGCUGCCAUUUCAGUGGCUCGCCCUGCCGGCCGUGAAGUAUCUGAGGGUGUUGGCAAGGACAACUACGAACCUGAGCUUGAAGAUCACGAGCUCGACGUCAACUUCGACAACGAAGACUACAUUGCCAUCGCCCUCGGCAGAGCGCUACCUAGUUAUGACGGGAUGUACCCGAGCAUUCCGGUUACCCAACAGUCUACCAUGUACCACUACACGUCGCCCCGUGGAGAGUUUUACUUGAGGGAGCUUCGGAAGUACAUCGAUCUCCCCGCCGACUACCCCAUAACGCAGAUGGUGCUGAACCUGGUCUCGUCUUGGCACAAGACGCGGGAAAACGUAGAGGAUAGGCACCCGAGUCUCGCCGCCGCCGCCAACAGCAUCGACUUCACCCGCAUCGAUAAAGAGUCGGGCCUGUUGCGAGCCGAAAGGCAGAUACUCGAGGUGUGGCUAGUAAGCCGACUCCCGCUGGUCGGCUGGUGGGGCGAGGCACCACAAGUGAAGGAAAUCAUAGGGCGGCGAUUCAAGCAGACUAGGGACCCGAGCCCUCUGUCUCGAGUUCGAUACGACUUCGACUAA